AUGGAACAGGACCAAGCUUGCCCAGGAAAACUGGGUCACCAGGUCCCGAACCGGGGUUCCAUCCUUUCAGGGCAUGCACUCCGACAAUUCGAAUCAUCAGUUGACAUCGGGCCAUACUGGGCUGACAAACGGCACUACGGGAUUCCCGAACAUUCGCUGCUCGUUGCAUCCACCGAGUGCCCCCACGGUGCUCUUGCUGCUGCUCGGAUGCAGCCACCCCGCAAGAUGGCCAUGCGAAAUGGAGCAAAACUUCCGGUUGGCAGGAUGAAAACGGCGACCACGUGA